AUGUCAAACACACGACAGAGGAAAUCGUCUCCUGUGAAAGCACAAACAACACCACAAAAAGAAGAAGAGGUUCAGGUGUUGAAUACUGAUGCAGUCAAGGGAUCUGGACAAGCCUUACCUGGAUGGUUAUGGAGACUCAUACUACUCUGUGUAAAGUUGAUCUUGGGAUUUUUGUUUUGUUUGCACGUUCUCACCCCAGUACUAAUCCUGACAAAUCCAUGGAUACAGUCUAAAGCAGUGUUCCUCAACAAUUUUCGAUGGCCUCCAUUUAUAGAUGUCACAAAGCCUGAUGAGUUUGGUCUGGGAGACUCCGUCAGGAACUUCUACCUACAAGUAGACGAAAACAGCAAGGUUGGAGUUUGGCAUUUAAUCCCUCAGUCAGACGCUGCAUCUGGAGUUGAAUUCAACCAAUAUGAUAACUUGUUGAAGGAUGGUAAACCCAUCUUUCUUUACCUUCAUGGAACUUCUGGGUCAAGAGCUGGCUGGCACAGAGUGCAGCUAUACAAACUUCUUGUGGCCAUGGAUUUCCAUGUGAUAGCAUUUGAUUAUAGAGGCUGGGCAGACUCAUUUGGGGUGCCAACUGAAGACGGAGUGGUAGCAGAUGGUUACUUCAUGUAUAAGUGGAUUAGAGAGAGAAGUGGUGACACACCUGUGUACCUGUGGGGACAUUCUCUUGGUACAGCAAUUACAACUAAAUUGGCAAAGAUGCUGUGUGAAAAAGAUGAAGAACCGUUAGGUGUGGUUCUGGAAUCACCUUUCACCAACAUCAGGGAAGCAGCCUCUAAACACCCAUUCACAGCUCCUUUCCGAAUGUUGCCCUGGUUUGAGGCAGUCUUCCUGGAUACCAUUGAUCUGAACAACAUCAGCUUUACCUCUGAUAAAAAUAUUGCCCAUGUAACCACACCUCUCCUGAUUCUACAUGCUGAAGAUGAUAAGGUGGUACCAUUUGAGCUUGGGAAAAAGCUUUAUGGUAUAGCUUCAGAGACACGUCCUACACACAGUGGACCACUUGAGUUUAUCUCUUUCAAUGCCAGCUAUGGAUAUGGGCACAAACUCAUCUUUAUGGCCCCAGAACUGCCCAACGCCAUCAGAAAAUUCAUGGACACAUGUGAAGGAGAAAGGAUACAGAAUGCUCAGGGAAUGUAA